AUGGCCACAGCCCCAAAUACUGCCAAGGUGACCCCAGCCGUGAUUGUUGGUGUUGGAAGGGUGGGAAGGCUACAAGAAAUGGGAUCAAAGCUUGGAGAACCUCCUACUGAUGGAAAGACUGAUACCAAUCCUGAAGGACUGACUGCAGCAUAUGGAAAAUGGGCAUCUGCAGUAGCUGCUAGAUUGCAUGCUGGAGGGCUGUCCUGUAAGGUUCUUGACAAGGAAGCUUUUCAGAAGCAAAUGUUAGAGAAGCUGAUCUGGAUCUCAGCAUUCAUGCUUGUUGGAGCUCGUCAUCCAGGGGCAACUGUUGGUGUCGUGGAGAAAGAAUUCCGCAAUGAGGUGUCUAGCCUUAUUACAGAACUUGCAUCUGCAGCAGCUGCAGAAAAAGGAAUAGUAUUUGAAGAAGCUAUCGAGGAAAGAUUAUGUGCUUACGCAUGUGCUGUUGCCCACUUCCCAACAGCUGUUAAGGAGGUACAAGGUUUUGUUAACCUUAGCUUAUAAGCAUUUAGCACAACUUUAUCAAUUUUGAUUGAGUUGGUGGAUUUGAACUAGUUUGAUAAAUAUAUGUUUGUUAAGAGACUUGAGCCUACCUGGACCUAAUAGAAGAGGGUUAAGGGAGGAUAAAGUUUACCUUAUUUUGUAGCGCAUCUACUGCAAGAAUAAAAUAAAAUUGCAAUAUGCUUCUCACUUGAAA